AUGCCUUCAUCACCACGAACUCCCAUGCAUAGUCGACAACCCUCCGCAUUAGAUUUCUCUCCUUCAAAUAUGAACCUCUCUCGCAGACUUUCAAAAUCUUCCAUACACACACCGACUACACCAAAUCAUAUGAUUCGAGAUUUUAGUGCUAGCGUUGACAGCGUGGGAAUGGAUGUAUUAGGAUCUGCGCAAAAUGGAGGAAAUGGACUUGGAAAUCUUGCAGACGAACUGGCAGAUGCGUGGAGCGAGGACGAAGGAGAAGAACUAGAAGAAGGGGAUCUUAAUUUUCAAAACACGACAGCUUCGGAUUCAGAUAAUGAAGAUAGGGAAGGAGAAAAUAAUCAUCCAGUCAGGGAUAGUGGUGUUGAUGUAACGAGUCCGAAGAAACAACAAGGAGCAUUAAAUCCAAAUCUACUAAAUUUAACGCCGCCAGUAGGUGGUCAUGGAAGAGUUCAUGCUUUGGGUCAUGCGAGGACACCAAGUGAAUAUGAUGGAAGUGAUUAUGGAGGAGAUUCAGAUUUGGAGAGUCCAGCUUUUGGACCGGCAUUAUUAGCAAGGAUGGAUAUGGUAGAGGGGUUGGCAAGGAGGGGGACGGAAAAUAAUGGAAGUCAAGCUGAUGGAGUUGUUAAGAGGGUUAUUGAAAGUUUGAGAGAUUUGGGGGUAGCAGAAAUGAGAAGAGAUGAAGAAUUGAGAGAAGAAGGAGAACAAUGGGUAGAAAGUGGGGAUUGGCAAAAGAGAUUGGGUGAUAGAGAAUGUGCGGGAGUUUGUAGAGGUGUCGUGGGUGGUUUCGAACAGUUGAAUGUUUUUGGGUUUUGUGGUGUGGUGAGGUGUGGUGUGGUGUGGUGUGGUGUGGUGUGGUGGAAUACUGAAGCUUGUGGUAGAAUUAGAGUUAGAAGGUUGAAUCAGAAGUAUAAGUAUAGUAAGACUUAUGAAAAAUGA